AUGACCGAGAGAUCCCCCCCCAGGCCACGCACAUCCCCGCCCGUGAUGACCCCUCAUGACCGAGAGAUCCCCCCCAGGCCACGCACAUCCCCACCCGGCAUAUAUAGGGGACGCGGGGGCAAGGCCGGCGCCGGCCGAUCCCAGCCGCUCCGUCACUCACCGGUCGGAGGCUCCGCGGCGCCAUGGCCCGCGCCCGGGCGGCGGGGCCAGCAGGUGAGGGCGGCGGGCGGAGCGGGGCGGAGGGAAGAGGAGAGGGACGGGACGGCGAGGGCAACCCGCCCCGAGCCCCGCGCUCCUCGACCCGCCGGGCUCCCCGCAGGUGCCGCCGCGGCGCUGGCGCUGCUCUGGCUCCUGGUCUGCGCCCCGGGGGACGCCGGCUGCCGCCUCCUGACCGUGGCCGAUCUCUUCGACCGCGUGAUCCGGCACUCGGGGAGGAUCCACAGCCUCUCCUCGGCGCUCUACGCCGAACUGGAAAAGCACUUUCCUCCCCGCGACAACGAGCUGGGGAAGCCCAUUCGGAAGUGCCACACGUCGGGGAUGCAGACCCCCAACGGCAAAGAAUACGCCCAAAAAAUCCCGAGAGAAGAACUGACUCACCUGAUACUGAAACUUCUGCAAGCCUGGAAAGAACCACUUUCCCAUUUUAACCAGCAUAUUGAGCACCAUCAAGAGCUACCUGAUGACAGCCUCAGCAAAGCUAAGCAAAUCAGCAAUAUGGUACAUGAGCUGAAGACUGGAGUUGAGAAAGUAACAGAAAAGAUGCAGUCAAUGGGGAUCAUCAGUAACUCAUUAAAUGGAAUGUCAUCAUCUGAAGCUGCUGGUUUAUCAAUUAAUAAUGAAGCAAACAUGAUGAGUGACUCUGACUUUAUUCACUGCUUCAGAAGAGACUCCAAUAAAGUACAAAGCUACUUAAAAAUUCUUAAGUGUAGGAUUAUGCCAGAAAAUAGUUGUUGAGUUGUAAUCUCUUGACAAGUAGUCUUCAGCAUGUUAUUUAUAAAGAUGGACAAAUAUAAUUUAUAAAUUAUCACAUUUACAAUAAUUCUAAUAGGAAAAUGGUGUUGAAAUUCUUUAGCAGCUACUUGACAUGGCUGACCUAUGCAGCUGAAAUAUUAAAUAAAACAUCGUGUGUGUAUGUGCACCAGAUAAAAAGGAUUACUCUAGCAGUAGCUAAAUAAAUGUCCUUGCACAUUACACUGUGACAGACUGAUGA